AUGUCUCAUCAAGGAGGUCGUGGCAGAGGAGGUGGAAGUUUCCGAGGGGACUUACCAAUUCGUGGUUCUUCCCAUCCUCGCGGCGAUUAUCGUGGUGGUCGCGGUGGCUCUCGUGGAGGGGGGUUUUCAGCUAAGGCUGAAACAUCUGAAGUCCUCACAAAAGAUCCACCUGCUGAGAAUGCCGAGCUCCGUAAGUUUGAGGAUAACUGUAUCAAAAAGAACCUCAACUACACUGGUGAGGCUGGGGUAAUUCGGCGCCCAAACUAUGCAACCACUGGAAGGUCAACCCUUCUUCGGGCGAACUUUUUUGAAUUGGGCUUCAAAGACCCGCAGAAGGCUUUUCAUUGCUACACGGUCAAGAUGGACCCAGAGCCCAAGCUGCCACGACUCAAGAGAGAGGUUUUCCAGGAGAUUCUUCUGACCAGAGCCGUGAAAGCUCUUCAUGGCACAUCGGAUAUGGUUAAUGAGCUCGUCACGCUUGGCCCACUCGAGGAUUGGGAGAGAGGAAUGACCAUCAAGAUCCACGGCCCCAGCCCAGGCAAAACUCCUAAAGGAGCUUGGCAACCCUUCGCAGCUAUUCCCUUUGAAGGGGAGAUGGUUGCUACAAGGAUCCUCAAUAUUGUUUUGACCCGCUGUCCUCAAAAUGACACCGGCAUCGUUACAACCGGUAAGGGCCGUCAAAAGUUCUUCUGGAUCGAUGACCGAAAGCAAUACGCCGAUCUGGGAGGUGGUCUUGAAGUCCUUCGUGGGUUCUUCUCUAGUGUUCGACUCGGUGCUGACCGGCUGCUGCUGAAUUUGAAUGUGAAUCACGGCACCUUUAUUCGCGGAGGAGAAAUGACCAAACUGACCGACGAGUAUGUCAACACGCAUGGCGAGGACCGUGAAGGAUAUAAUCGAUUUGUUAAGGGUCUCGCUGUCGAAUUGAUGCAUCUUCCCGAAUAUGAUCCACUUACCCCGAAACACCAGAGACUACGGCAAAAGAAAUACAUCUGGGGAGUUGCAACACCGAGUGAUGGUGAAGGUCCUAAUAAACCCAAUGUCGCACGUGUUGCCUCGCAUCCCAAAAAUGUUGAGUUCUGGGAAGCAGACAAGGAUGACAAGACUGGAAAGACUGGAAAGUACACAACUGUCCAUGAAUACUUCCAACGCAAGUACCCAAAAUUUGCGUCAAAUCUAGGAAGAAGGCCAGUUCUCAACCUGGGCACUAAGCAAAAACCCCGGUACGUGCCCCAGGAAGUCUGUCGUGUUCCUAUAGGCCAGAUUUUCAACGGAGAGCUCUGCACUAGCCAGCGUCAGGCCAUGAUUAAGUUCAGUUGUCGGCGCCCUCCAGACAAUUUCGUAUCGAUCAUUAGGGACGGUCUCAAGGUCAUGGGCAUUGAGAACCAAUUGGUCCGUGAGGUAAACCUUGACAUUAGCAAGCAAAUGAUUGGUGUUCCUGCCCGAAUGCUUAACCCUCCCACCUUGAGGUAUGGCGGCAACAAGAGUGUCAGGCCUACUAAUGGAAGCUGGAAUUUGAGAGAUUUCAAGUUUACGCAACCACCACAAUAUAACCCUUGGGGGGUUUUUGUUUUCGCAAACGGUAAUAAGUGGCCCCACGUCGCAGACCACUGGAAAGCCGGAUCACAGCCAGAGCGUUCGAUCAACGAAUUCAUUGGGACACUUGCAGGCUUGGGAAUUUCGUGGCGUCAGCCAGAGGUGAUCAGAGUUCUCGUCUACACUUCAAGCAACUACCGUAGCGUGAUUGCGAAUGCCUUCCAAUCUACCAUUGACCCAGAGACAAAGAAGCCCAAGUAUCUUUUCAUGCUUACUCUCAUGUUUGACAAUGAGGAGAAGGUCUUCAAUCACGUCAAGUGGCAAGGAGAUGUUCGAUUUGGAAUCCUGACUCACUGCGCUAAGAUUGAGAAAUUCAUCGGCGGUGAUAAGCAGUACAUGGCGAACAAUGCCAUGAAGGUCAACCUCAAACUUGGCGGUGUCUGUCAGUCAUUUGAUACCAACGCCUGUAAGCUGCUACAAAAGGCAAAGACCAUGAUCGUUGGCCUCGACGUGACCCACCCAACUGGGGCGGAUCCAAAAUUCUUUCCAAGUAUUGCUGCGAUUGUUGCAAGCACAGACGGACGGCUGGGUCAAUGGCCAGGAGACACUCGAGCGCAAAAGGAACGCAAGGAAAUGAUUACGGACUUGGGGUCAAUGCUUGAAGGUUGUAUCAUGCGUUGGAAAAACUUGAACAAGGUGUUUCCUGAAAACAUUAUCAUCUACCGUGACGGUGUGAGUGAAGGCCAAUACAAAACGGUCAUGGAUGACGAGGUGGCACAGAUCAAGACGAUGUUUAGACGCGUUUAUCAAGCGCGCAAGGGGCCAAAUGUGACCUUCAUCAUCGUUACCAAGCGUCAUCAUGUUCGAUUUUUCCCGACCAAGUCCAACGACUUGGACAGGAACGCUAAUCCUCAACCUGGAAUGGUGGUUGACCGUGGAGUGACUCGUGCUGUGCUCUGGGAUUUCUAUCUUCAAGCCCAAUCGGCCAUCAUGGGUUCUGCGCGUCCUGCUCACUACGUGGUGAUGUAUGAUGAGAUUUUCACGAAUAAGGCUGCGAACCCAGAAGGAAAGCCCGCCGAUGCUCUCCAGGACUUGACUCAUGGCGUCUGCUAUAUGAUGGGUCGUUGUACUCGCUCAGUCUCCUACAGCACUCCGGCUUUCCUUGCCGAUCGAUUCUGCGAUCGUGCACGCCGUUGGGCAAAGGCUUGUUUCAAUGAAGCGAUUGAGAUGGGACAGGAACGAGACCAAAUUCCGUUUCCUGAGCCGAGGAAAGUAACCCAGAACGGCGGCAUUACCAACUACAUGUGCUAUAUCUGA